AUGCCAUCACCCGCAACUCCUCCAUGUGCUCAUCUUGCCCUCCCCAAUUGUCCUACUUCUCCCUCCAAGGCAUCCUUCUCUUACAGGAUCAUGGUGGGCAAUGAGAUCUCGGACAACACGCUGAAAGCGUGCACCGAGCUAUUCAGCUCUAACUAUGGUAUAUGGGGUGAACAAGCAGCUAUGAUUUCAAAGCAUACUGUAGCUGGCAAAAACAUCAAGAUGACCAGAGCAAGACUUCGAACGCGAUGUGGCUCUCACCCGAAGAAUACUGUUCUAGUGAUGUGCUACCUCCAGGUUGACCCAUUCGAGAGUCCUCAACUCUAUGGUCAUGCAUUCGCUACCGUGUGGGACUAUGGCGAAAAUAAAGGCAGCAGGCUCUCACAAUUUCUCGCAAAGCUUGCCCUUGUUGUCGAUGAACAAGUUCACCAGUGUUACAUCGCAACUCAACUUUUGCAAGCCCUCAAAUUUCAUGUGCUGUUCUCCCGUAUCAAUAUAAUUGGCCUAGUGUCAUCUCACUCUACUGCUUGCAAUGCUUUGGUGAAGUAUGCUUCUGCUGAUAUCAAAGACAUUGAUUUGGACUUCAUUCGUGGACACACCAGGGGGAUUCUGAAUGCCUCCCCAAUCAGCUAUCUGAAGACCGCUCAACUGAGAGGUACACUCUUUGAAGACAACUGUGACAAUGGAGCCAUCUUGUCGGUGUUCACUGAGUUUUAUGUCAAUCACGCAGAGCCUUUGACGGUGCUGUCGCAGUACAAGAAGAGAGGUCAGUGGUACUUGGGUGAGCUGCUCGAUGGACAUGAGUUUCUUGCUAUUUUUCCUAUUGCACCUGUGAGCCUGGUUGAUGCCGAGAGCCCCGUACCCUCUGUAUGUGAUUUGAAAUAG